AUGAUAUGUGUCAUGUUCUGCAUUCUGCGGCGUUGUUUGUCACUGCGGUGCUGUGUUUUUUCAUACUUGUGUAAGGGUGGCUGAGAUUUUGCUAAAUCUAGAUAUGAUUUCCAGCUUUAUAAAAUGGAAUAAAGCGGGGUAGUUGUUGCUAAUGGAGGGCUAGAUGGGCUGUAUUUAGUGGGAAGGAGAAAGCAACGAUUGUCUGACUGCGUGUAGCUGUGAGGGAGAGAUAUGGAGGCGUGAUUCGAACCUGUGACCUCUGCAUAUGUUAUUGAGGAGCAUCAGCAGCAGAGGCCAAGUAAAAAAAGAAGUAAGGUUUAUUUAUUUUUAUUCUGUUGUUGUUCUUGUUGUUGUGGUUAUCUCGCCUGUGCUGCGAGUGCAGUGAUAAAUAACAAGCUGAAAAGGGCGAGGUAAAAAUCAGUGUUUUGGGGGUGCUGUGGUUCCGACCGGCGAGGCAAAAAUCAGUGUUUUGGGGGUGCUGUGGUUCCGACCGGCGAGGCCACUCUAUGCACUGGGAUCACCUUUAUUUUCAGUUUUUUAUUUGUUUGUUGUAUCGGCGGGCUUCGAACUUGUGUCUGCUGUAUUCAUUGAAGGGGGAAGGUGCAGAAAACAAAAAGAUAGCAUUGUGGGGCUUCUGGCAUUGGAACGUGGGAUUUUUUUCCGUGUUUGGAGAAAGUGACAAGGGUGAGUUGAAAAAGGUAGUGUUAUGGUUUUUCUGGGUUCUUCCUGUCGACAGUUGUAGGCAUUGAAGAAGUCGAAAAGCUUAAAAUACCGAGAAGAGAAAGAUGGGGUUUUGCUACCUUUGAGCAGAACGCGCGAUCGCUCUUUUUGCCUUGAAUAAGCAUUCAAAGCUACAUAUAUCAGGGGAUAAAAGCCAGUGUUUUGUUGUUGCUGGGAUGCGAACUCGCGAGCGCGUAAAGUGUUGAAGGAGAAAUGGAGAAGUAGAAGGCGGGACAGAUUGAAAAAAAAUCUAGCGGUUUGGAGCUUCAGAGUCCAGAGUUUUCAACUUGUGGACAAGGCACGCGUUUUGCUGCGGCUGGCAAAAGGCUAACGUCUUGUUUCAGCAGUGGAUAUGUUGUCUGCUUUGAAUAUGUUUUCAAUGAUCUAAAGAAAGCCGGUGUUCUGGUGUCGUCCUGAUUGAGCUCGAGAUCGCUGUUUACAUUGAAGAAAAUCAACCUGUCAAGAUACAGGUAAAAGAACCAGUAAUUUGGUGCCGCUGUGAUCGAACACAGUACCGUUGUGUACACUGUACAUUGAAGAGGAACAAAUCUUCAUCCAUUCAAGGAAGGCAGAUUUUUGUGCAUUGAAGGUAAACAUCCUCCUGGCAUUUUGGUGCUGCUGUGACGUGAGGUCUCGAAAACUGUUUUGUGUAUUGAAGAAAGAGAACCUGAAACGGACGAGAAUAUAAUACAGUUGCCUGCAUUGAAGGAAAAAAGCCUGAAAGCAGAAAGAAAAACCAUAGAACUGUGUGCAUUGCAGGAAAACAGAGGGCUUAAAAAAGAGUUCUGUGCACUGGAGACUGAAAACAGUGAAAGCAGUGAGAAGAAACAAGACAUUGCCAGGUUUUGAGAAAAACAAGGAAACAGAAAGAAGAAUACUUAACCAGGGUUCUGUUUUCUGUUGCUGAGAUUCGAACUCACCAGGUCGAUGAGAACCAAAAAUGGCGCCGCGCUUUUACGCGGCUUAAUUUUUUUCUCCUGUAUGUUUUCAUUUCAUAUAUCUGGACAAGCAGCAAUAGAUCCAACUGACGGAAGCGUCAUGGUCAAAAUGGCGCAGAGUUUAAAGGUUAGCAGUGCGUGGGGAUGGACUACAGCCACAGAUCCUUGCAAGUGGCAAAAUAUAAACUGCAACAACAAUAAUAAAGUUACAAAUAUAAAUAUAAAAGAUGGUGGGGUUACCGGUAGCCUGCCGGCUAAUUUCAACGACCUGAGUGCCCUCGAGAGUAUCAGCUUUCAGACUAAUAAUAUUUCAGGCUCAUUGCCGACGUUCAAAGGCUUAAGUAACUUGCAAUCUGCUUAUCUUGGGAACAAUUUGUUUUCGUCUGUGCCAGCAGACUUUUUCAGUGGGCUCACGAAUCUACAGGUUAUCUCGAUUGAUGAAAAUCCAUUUUCUCCGUGGUCGAUUCCCGUGGAGAUUAAAGAUCUCACGUCACUUCAAUCAUUUUCAGCCUACAAUGCCAAUAUUAUAGGUGAAAUACCGGCGUUUCUUGGCGACGGUACAUUGCCGAGCUUGCAGACUCUGAGGCUUUCGUACAAUAAUCUCAGCGGAGAAAUCCCGACCUCCUUCAAUGGCUCCACUAGUCUCCAGGUACUUAUGCUGAAUAAUCAAAAUGACGGAGCAGUUUCGAAUCUGGGUGGUAACAUUGAAGCCCUAGGGUCCCUAACACAGCUCACACAACUCUGGAUCCAUGUCAAUAAGUUCACUGGCCCGAUCCCUGAAUUUGUAUCUACUUCCCUCUUCGAUUUGCAGUUCCGUGACAAUGAGUUCACAGGCCCCAUUCCGGACUCCCUUCUCAGCCUAUCAUCGCUUAAAAACAUAAGCCUGAAAAAUAAUGCCUUGCAAGGAACAUAUCCUAGCUUUAAAGAUGGUGUGCACGCUGACAUAAAUAGCAGUGACACCACCAACAGCUUUUGUCUUUCUUCACCAGGAGCUGCCUGUGAUUCUAGAAUAAACGUUUUACUGUCCUUUGCUGGAGCCGUGGGGUAUCCAUAUGAAUUUGCCACUAGUUGGAAGGGCAACGAUCCUUGUGUAAGUUGGCAGGGCGUAUCCUGCGCAAACAACAACAUAACGGUUCUAAAUUUUCCUGGGAAACAGCUGACUGGAUCUAUAUCGCCUGCAUUGUCAUAUCUUACUUCGGUUGAGAGUAUUAUUCUUAACAAUAAUGAGCUCACGGGUUCGAUUCCUGAGGGGCUUGCAAGGCUGCCAAAUUUGAAGAAGCUGGAUGUGACUAAUAACAGUCUUUCGGGGACCAUUCCACUGUUUCCAAGUACUGUGCAGUUUUUGAAGGACGGGAACCCGAAGCUUGGAAUCAGCUCACCACCUGAUUCUGGUUCGCCUGAUGGUGCUAAUGUGACCAAAGGCACAGCAGGUAAUGGAACUGAUACAGUUUCACAAGGUUCCAAAUCGAAGUCAAAUUUGGGCUUAAUAGCUGGAGCUGUGGUUGGUGUAGUUGCUGCAAUAUGCAUAAUUGGUACAAUCUGCUGGUUUGUCAUGAAGCGUUGCCGCCAGGGUUCAAACCGUGUACAGAGCCCCAACACGGUGGUAAUCCACCCUCCCCGGACAGGGUCCUCUGACCGGGAGUUGCUCAAAAUCACCAUUGCUCCAAAUGGGACAAGCACAGCUGCAGGAAGUGAGGUGCAUAGCCGGACGAGCAGCGGUCCCAGUGGAAGUGACCUGCAUGUUGUGGAGGCUGGCAGCAUGGUCAUAUCAAUCCAAGUGCUCCGUGAUGUGACCGAUAAUUUCAGUGAGAACAAUGUCCUAGGCCGUGGUGGGUUUGGAGUGGUAUAUAAGGGUGAGCUCCAUGAUGGGACAAAGAUAGCUGUUAAAAGAAUGGAGGGUGGUGUUGUGAGCAGUAAAGGACUCAAUGAGUUCCAGGCAGAGAUUGCGGUCCUUACGAAAGUUCGACACCGGCACCUUGUUGCCCUCCUGGGGUACUGUGUUGAUGGCAAUGAGAAACUACUUGUCUAUGAGUACAUGCCACAGGGGCCUCUUAGUCAGCAUUUGUUUGACUGGGCACAGACAGGGCUACCUCCUUUGGAUUGGAAACAAAGACUGACCAUUGCACUAGAUGUUGCACGGGGUGUGGAAUAUUUGCAUAGCCUAGCACAAAAGAGCUUCAUCCACAGGGACCUCAAGCCAUCAAAUAUACUUCUGGGUGAUGACAUGAGAGCCAAGGUGUCUGAUUUUGGCCUUGUCAAGCUUGCACCUGAGGGGAAAUACUCUGUUGAGACUAAGUUGGCAGGGACUUUCGGGUACUUAGCACCGGAAUAUGCAGUGACUGGCCGUGUGACAACCAAGGUGGAUGUGUUCAGCUUCGGAGUGGUGUUAAUGGAGCUCAUAACAGGCCGUAGAGCAUUGGAUGAGACACAACCUGAGGAAAGUAUGCAUCUAGUCACAUGGUUCCGCCGUGUGUACCUAAGCCGUGACACAUUCAGGAAGGCCAUCGACCCCAUGCUGGGAGAAAUCACAGAUGACACCUUCCAAAAUAUCUGCACAGUGGCCGAGCUUGCAGGUCACUGCACUGUCCGGGAACCUUCCCAGCGCCCAGACAUGGGUCAUGCUGUGAAUGUGCUAUCUCCUCUUGUUGAGCAAUGGAAGCCGAUUGACAUAGAUGGAGACGACUGCUACGGAAUAGACCUUGAUAUGACUCUACCUCAAGCACUCAGAAAAUGGCAGGCCUUUGAGGGCUCUUCAAUAAUGGAUGAUGAUUCUCUCAGGAGUUUGGAUAAUACAAUGGCGAGUAUUCCUAAUAAGCCCAUGGGAUUUGCGGAGUCCUUUACCUCUGCAGAUUGCCGGUGAAAGUUGCAAACAUAAGUUGCAAGUUUUAUGAGAAGAAACCUGGGGUUGAUAAAAGAAAAUCUACUUGGUAUCAUUGUUUCCUCAUCCUCCUCACGCUACUUCUGCUGCUGACGAGUGUUUUGAGUUUUUCUUUUCUAAAGAAGCAAAGCAGAACAGGUCUGGUUUGAAUUAGCCAUUUUUGUUUUGAUAGAAUGGUGAUGGUUUCCAACGGCAUUGUGUGCAGAUUAUCCUGACUAUCAAGGUCGGCUAAUUAUAUUGGUUUUCAGUGAACAUCAGCAUUUAAUUUCUUUGUUUUUUCACAUGUAACGUUUGUAACCUUUUUGAUCACUGUAUACAGAUUCUUUUUUUCUUUCUA